CUUUCUGAAUUCCUUAGAAGGACAAUCAUAGUCUGACAAACCUGAAGAAGGGAUAAAAAAAUAACUCAUCUAGGGAUAAUUCCUCUUUGGUUUGCGCUAGGGUUUUUCUGGGCUCUGGCAUCUCUGAGGGCGAUUUCUGCGGCCUUCCUGCUCUCUCAUCUUCCUAUCGGUCUUCCUUCGCUCUCGGCCCUAGAUCAUUGUGCUACAUCUUGGUUGCUCAUUUUGCUCUGGCCUUUUGGCCUUUUGUUGUUCUCUUCUCAUAAUGGAGAAGGGUACGACCUCUUCAACUCCAGGUGCGUGGGGUGCUCCGCCAUCAAAUACGGCUGUCUCAUUGAAAGGCAGAAGUAAACGGAAAUCAAUCUCAAAGAAGAUACCGCUUAUUCCUUCACCGCCUGGGCUUCCUUUUAUAGGUAAUUUGCACCAAAUCAUCUUGUUACCCCAUCGAUCGCUCUUCGAACUUUCAAAGAAGCAUGGACCCCUCAUGCUUCUACAACUUGGCAGCAUACCCACUCUUGUUGUCUCAUCACCUUCUACUACUCGAGAGAUCAUGAGAACUCAUGAUCUAGUAUUUGCAAGCUGGCCUUCACUUAAGGCAUCAAGGAUUUUGCUCUACAACAACAAUGAUAUGGGCUUAGCCCCUUACGGAGAGUAUUGGAGACAGACCAGGAAGAUCUGUGUUACCAACCUCCUCAGCAUAAAAAUGAUACAGUCAUUUAGUUUAAUGCGAAUGGAGGAGGUAUCAUUGAUGAUCGAAAGAAUUUCUCGCAUGGCUUCAGCUAACAAUGGUGUUGUGUGCGUGUCUGAGAUCCUGAAUAAAUUGACAAGAGACGUUUUAUGUAAAUCUGUUUUGGGAUCAUCGUUGAGUGAAGAGAGAAGGAAGCUUCUUUGCGAACUUAUUCGUAUGAACUCUAUUUUCUUUGGUAAAUUUUUCCUGGAGGACUACUUUCCGCAGUUAAGGUGGCUUGAUGUGCUCUUUGGAUUGGAAAGGGAACUUAUAAGGCAUUCUAAGAAAUGGGAUGCUCUUCUUGGAGAGUUUGUUGAGGAACAUGUUUCCCAAUUGGCGGAAGGCAGUACUUAUUUCAUUGAUGUCCUGCUUCAGUUGCAGAAAGAUCCAAGCAUGCCGUUGGUACUCACAAAUGAGAAGAUUAAGGCACUUUUAUUGGAUAUGAUUGUUGCUGGAACCGAGACAUCCCUUGCUCUUCUAGAUUGGUGCAUGGUUGAACUCAUUCGAAAUCCAAUGGUGAUGGAAAAGGUGCAAAGUGAAGUGCGGCGAAUAGCUCAUGGAGAGGAAAUAGUCAGGGAGGAGUACUUGGGCAAAUUGAGCUACAUGAAGGCUGUUAUAAAGGAAGUUCUUCGGUUGCAUCCACCUGCUUCAUUACUUCUCCCUCGAGUCUCAUUGCAAGAUUGUCAAAUACAAGAAUAUAACAUUCCUAAGAAGACUAGGGUCCUCAUCAAUGCAUGGGCCAUUGGAAGAGACGAAGAUUAUUGGAAAGAUCCACAAGAGUUUAAGCCAGAGAGAUUCUUAGGUGACGAUGUGGACUACAAAGGUAAUGAUUUUCACUACAUUCCAUUUGGUGCUAGUCGCAGAAUUUGUCCAGGAAUACAGUUUGCAAUUUCAAUUAUUGAGCUUGCUUUAGCAAAUCUUGUGUAUCGCUUCAAUUGGAAACUACCGAGCGGCAUUUCCUGUGAUGGUAUGGACAUGGAAGAUGGUGCCGGAUUAACUACUCCGAGAAAAGAAAAGCUUUAUUUGGUUCCGCUAGCUAUAUAA